AUGUCUCCUCACGCAAGCCCCUCCGCUAACAACGACGACGACGGCGAUACGAGGCCUCAUGCUGUACCGAACAACUUGCACGCCACCUCGGAAUUAACCCCGUUGAUUUCCAACGGCUCGAAGCCUUCAGCCCAACCUCGGAAAGACGUAGCACAUCGUAGCGAUGUCGAUAUCCCCAUCAAUGUCACCGCCGCCGUCAACGUGCCAAAGAAACAAACGGUCGUUAACACGGACACUAUUCUCUAUGUCAUCAUCCUCUUUUGCGCCGGUUCUGCCGGGCUGUGGACCAUUCCCGCCACUCGCCAGGUCGAGGAUGUUGUGUGUCGGCAGCACUACGAAGUGCUGGAACCCAUCGACGAGGACCGCUGCAAGGAGGAUGCCAUCCAGAGUAGGGUCGCCAUGGUCUUCGCUAUCUAUAGCGCGCUGCAGGCCACCAUCGCCGCGGCGUCUGCCGUUCCCUGGGGCAUCGUUGCCGACCGGGUGGGAAGGAAGAUGGUGUUUUCGUUAGCUGUGCUGGGGAUGAUGCUGGAUCAGCUAUGGUUCCUCUUGGUGUGCGCGUUUCCUUGGAUUUUCCCACUAAACGCCAUGUGGUUUGGGUCGUCCUUGCAGGUUGUCGGCGGAGGCAACCUCGUUGUGUCCGCUGUGAUAUUUUCCAUGCUCACUGACAUCACCACCUCUGAGAACAGGUUGAUAUGGCAUCCCCCCGUGCCGUGUUGGACCUUGCUGACCUGCGCUGAUAGAGCUAGAAAGUUCAUGGCCGCCCAUUUGUCAUCCAUGAUUGGAAACCUCGGCUCCCCUAUAAUCGCCGGGUGGAUGAUGGAGAAGACCGGGCCGUGGCCGGUGAUGUGGGUCUCGCUAUUCGGUUUUGCCACCAUGGGUUAUACCAUCCACCUCAUCCCGGAGACACGGCCGGCAGCCCAGGCGUCGCUAGACACUAUGGCUGAUGAGCCCGUCAUCAGCACCCCUCAGUACAGACCUCGCCAGCUCAAGGAGCUCCUGAGCCUUAUUAAGUUGCCGUCUCUAGUCCUCCUACUAGUGACAAUGCUUACCUUGUUCCCUAUCACACUAUCUACAUAUCAGUUUAUGAUCAUCUUCGCCUCGAGGCGAUACCAGAUCUCAACGUCUCAAACGGGGUUUCUCUCGUUUUUCUACGGGUUCAGUGUCAUCGUCGUCAUUAUCGCCAUCUUGCCAGGCGUUUCGAAGCUUCUGUCCUCACCGAAAACGCCAAAGGCCUUACGCUUUAGCAGCAGUAACAAACGCGACCUCUUUCUUGCUAGAGUGUCUUCUGCUAUACUCCUACUUGGAAGCUUUUGUUUGGCUGUUUCGCCAAAUGUCAAUGCCUUUACUGGAGGGCUUGUACUUUUAUCACUGGGUUCAGGUUGGGGCAGCUAUGCGCGCAGCCUCUGUGCGCUAUACGUGGAUAGCGCGCAUCGAACGCAGCUAUAUUCAAUCACGUCGCUCAUCGAGACGGCUGGGAUGAUAUAUGCGCAGCCUAUGCUUGCUGGUCUCUUUGGUCUGGGCAUGGAUCUUGGUGGCUUCUGGAUCGGACUGCCAUAUUUAGGUUGCGCUUGCUUUUGUGCCGCUUCCCUGGGGUUGCUGCUCUUGGUGAGGCUUCCGGCGCCAGAAGGGGGAGACCAUCAUGCUUCGGACGAUAAUGUAAACAAUCACUCCCCGGCUGCGUGA